AUGCAAAACACAUCUCAAUUUAUUUACCGCACAAAACUUAUUUCAAAAUCCUUUCUUUUUCAAGGCUUGGAAAAUGAAAUGACAUCUUUAUCAGAUAUUAUGGCAAAAGUAGACAACGCAUUAGAGCAGCACAAUAUCGACAGCAGUUCCUGUAUGCAAAGAAUUGUUUGUAGCUAUGUAAAUGAAGCGCAGAAAAAUAUAAAAACUGGAGAAUCAAACACUAUGGACGAAUUUAUCUAUGGUCUUACAAAUAAUUCUUUGUUCGGUUAUAUGUUGGAUGGAUCAACGAUAAAACAAGCCAUAGAUAUGGGUAAAUCUGGAGAUGCAGAAAAGUGUGGCUCCUUAUACGCGAAAUGUCCUGUGAGCAGGGAAAACAUAGCAAAGGUGGUUUCAAGUCUACUUCCUGCUUAAAGUAAGUUUUGGGUAAUAAUUUAAUUGUUUUAGUGAAUGGCAAAGAAAAUUGUGAAUGUGUGUCAUUAAUUGAGUUAAUCUUUG